GCCCCCUGGUACCGGUACCUGCCUCCACCUUGACGCAGCUCUGACGGACCGUCAGUCGGCAUGACAACGCGCUCUCGAGGGCAAACCUGGAACGGCUGAUGGGCGCGAGGAUGGCAGCAAAAGAUGCCCAGUAACGGAAGCAGCGGCGGGAACCGAGCGAGCGGCGACGGGGGAGGCGGUACGUGCUCCGGCAGCGGCACCGGGAGCGGCUCGGUCCAUGUGCCGGCCAUGGAAAGAGCCCGACCGGCCACGGUGACGGUGUCCGCGGUGAGCCUGGCGCUCAGCGUGCUGUCGCUGCUGCUGCUGGUCACCGCCAUCUCCACCGACCACUGGUACCAGACCGACACCCGCCGCCACAAGGACAACUGCGACCGCCACGGAUCCGACUCCAACGACCAGAAGAACCGGGAGAUGCCCAUCUAUCACCUGCCGCUGGUGGACACCGGCAGCGGCGGCGCCCGGCAGCGGGACGUAGCGCUCAUGAAGCCCGUUCAUGUGGGCAGCAGAGAGGAGGAGCUGCUGGAGAACUGGAGGGCCAUCCUGGGGAUGGGCAUCCUGGAGACGGAGUGCGGCAGGCCGCUGUUCUCCACGCAUUCCGGCCUCUGGAGGAAGUGCUACUUCAAGGGCCUGGACCCGGACAUCGACAAGCUCAUAGACCGAGGUAUCGCAGAUCGCUGCACUGCCGUCAAAUAUCACUUCUCUCAACCAAUCAGACUCCGGAACAUCCCCCUGAACCUGACCAGGACCAUCCAGCAGGACGAGUGGCACCUGCUGCGUGAGUACACAACAGACACACAACAGACACACAACACACAAAAACAGUUGUGUUAUUUGUGUUAGUUGUUAGUUGUAUUAGUUGUAUUAGUUGUGUUAUUUAUGUAAGUUGUGUUAGUUGAAUUAGUUGUGUUAGUUGUGUUAUUUGUGUUAGUUGUGUAAGUUGUGUUAGUUGUAUUAGUUGUGUUAGUUGUGUUAGUUGUGUCAGUUUUGUUAGUUGUAUUAGUUGUGUUAGUUGUAUUAGUUGUGUUAGUUGUGUUAGUUGUAUUAGUUGUGUUAGUUGUGUCAGUUUUGUUAGUUGUAUUAGUUGUGUUAGUUGUAUUAGUUGCAUUAGUUGUAUUAGUUGUGUUAGUUGUAUUAGUUGUAUUAGUUGUGUUAGUUGUGUUAGUUGCGCCAGUUGCGUUACUUGCGCUAGUUGCAUUAGUUGUGUUAGUUGUAUUAGUUGAGUUAAUUGUGUUAGUUGUGUUAGUUGUGUUAGUUGCGCUAAUUGCGUUAAUUGUAUUAGUUGUAUUCGCUGCAUCAGUUGUAUUAGUUGUGUUAUUUGUGUUAGUUGUGUUAGUUGCAUUGAUUGUGUUAGUUUUGUUAGUUGUGUUAUUUGUGUUAGUUGUGUCA